AUGGGCUCGACACGACUGCAACUAGCAGUAUAUUGCGUCUGGGCUUCUAUUACAGCCGUGGCAGGAGAGGCACCCAGCAGCGUCCCCGGCGUAAACGCGACACAUGCGGCGGUUGAUGCUAUGAUGGCCCUCUACAACGAGACGACGGGUAUCUGGGACAACGACCCAUGGUGGGAGAGCGGCGUCGCCUUGCGAGCCGUCGCGGACUACAUGCUCAAGACGGGCUCCGACGAAUACCUUCCGGUGGCUUACAACACGUUCAACAUCCAGCGGGCCCCACUAGAAUGGUGGCCAGAAGGCGGUGGGGAUUUCCGCGCCGACAGCACCGACGACACGGGCUGGUGGGCUCUGGCCCUGACAACGCUGUACGAGCUCACGCGCGACGUCGAGUUCCUUGACGUUGCCAAGGAGGACGAGGCAUACAUGUUCCAGUACUGGAACAAGACGACGUGUGGCGGCGGUCUCAUCUGGAACAUCCCCAAUGGGACUUACCACAACGCGAUCAGCAACGAGCUGUACUUGGAGCUGACGGCUACACUGCACAACCUCAUCCCUGGCGAGGAGUACUACCUCAACAAGAGCCUGCUGGGGUGGGAGUGGUUCAAGGCCAGUGGUAUGAUCAACAGUGAGAAUCUCGUCAAUGAUGGCUUGACGGACAAUACUGCCUGUGUCAAUAACAACGCCACAACGUGGACGUACAAUCAAGGCGUCCUAAUCGCCGGCUUGACGCAAUUGUACAAAGCCACGAGCAAUACAUCGCUCUUGGAGACUGCACAGCAGAUAGCCGAUGCCACAGUCUACAGCGCCAUCUUGUCCCCCGGUGGGAUCCUCACGGAGCCGUGUGGCACGGCCCCAGACUGCGAUCCAAACACUACGGCCUUCAAGGGGGCGUUCAUGCGGGGCCUUGCACAGCUCGAUGCUGUCAUUGAGGAACAUCCUUACAAGAGCUACAUCCAGAAUAAUGCGCUUGCGGCGUAUACCAAUGCCCGCAAUGGGUCGGACUUCUACGGUCUUCGGUGGCAGGGGCCGUUCGAUAAUGCGUCGAUUGGCAGGCAGGAAUCAGCUGUGAAUCUCCUGUUGGCUGCGCUUUAG